CUCAACUCAGCGGUUGGCACACGCACUAUUCUGCUAUCAUUCACUGCUAGGGAGGUUCAAUGGAAGAUUGUCUGUCCUUUUGGAGUACGUGUUUUGACACCCACCACUCGUUGUUUCGAGUACGUGUCUGUCUGCAUCCAAAUAGACGUAGGAAAACUCUGGGAAUAAGACCACUGCAAGCGCUGCUCGGCAAUGAGAGCACUAUGGCUGCUUUCAAAGAGACACUGGCUAGACAGUUGUCAGUACAGAACAAUAUUCGUCAUUCAAACGAAGACUGGUGUCGCCUCCAGUCUGCUGCAAAAAUAUCAUUAGAGUGUUUAAAAAGGGUCAUUGAAUCUCAACAGCUUCUUCUGAAUUAAUGAGUGCACACGAACACAUCCUUGAGGUCUCACAACACAGUGAGGUGUGGUAGCUACUCAAAUGUACACUGACA